GCUGGUAACGAUGGUGACGGGUGCUCCAAAGAAUCUCGCCAAGCUUAUGACAGGAUUGUAAAAUUUCUUCGAUCCCCCGAUGCUACCACACGAGACUUGGUAAAUCGUAAGGCGUUGCUGGAUCUUGGUCUGGAUCCCACAAUGGUCAGGGAUGCUUUAGGAUGCUUUGUAGGUGGUCCUGAUGUACCUGUAAAACAUAUGAACGAGUUUAAAUUGCGUCACGUGGCACAAAUGGCCUUAUAUUUGAACACUGUAGGGUUAGAGUUUGGUAAUGAUCUCAUCAAUGUAAUUAAGACCUUUUACACCAGCGCACGAGGGAUGGACGACGUCAUUACGGGUAAGACUACGGUCGGAGAUAAUGCGGUGGUCAACAAAGUUUCUGAGAUGGGUGGUUAUCAAACUUAUGCUUCUACUAUGACCGCGGAGCAAAUCCAAGAAAUGACCAAAUCAUCCCGACAAAGCCACAUGAUGAACGAAUCUGUCAAGACCAGUGUACAAUUCACCAUGGACGAAAUGGUCUCGGUCAUUUGUGAGCUGGUUAAACUUCCUACGAUAAACACCGACAUCAUAUUCAAUGCCUUGUCUUACGAGCUCUUGGAACCCCGCUAUAUGACCGAUCUUUUUUAUGCUGCCGUGCGACAAGUCGAGGAAGUCUAUGAAGACCCUGAUCAAAUCGCCAUCCUGGUCUCUCAGAUUUGUAACCGUCCAAUUAACAUUUUGGGAAGCAAUCGCAUGGCAACUUUUCGAACAGAGCUUUAUGAUAUGGUUAUGCCUCGCCGUUUUAUUCUUGUUCGCCGAGACAGCACUCCCAACAUGGACCAUCUCUUGAACACAUUGUUAGGUGCUUCAUCGGCUAUCGUCCGCAGUUUCUAUGAAAUUUGUAACUUUAUUGACUUUGACGGACUGACCAGUAGUGACGAAGUCAUAACCCGCAUCCAAUUACUAGAAAAGACGGUGGUACGUAACCUCAAAAAGUACCCCACCCCAUUGAAUAACUUUAGCAAAAAUUGGACCAUGCACGUCGAAGCCAGUAUCCGCCCACGAUUGAUCGAUGAAUUCAAAUGCCUAUUCGGCACUCAGCAAUGUUUUCUCAUGUGGCUUGAGUUAUGCCGCCGCUUUGUGGACUUUUUUAGGUAUACCGAUGUAGGUAACCCUUUUGAGUGCCGGGUGGUCGGAGACCACAUAGUGCCCAAUGAACAGCCUCACCCCGACGCCACAAUGGGAGAUAGCCAUCCGUACAGAGUUCUUCCCACCAAUACAAUAUACUACGACGGCAACUUCUAUUACGGCUUUUGGGAAAGGGGCUAUAAAUGUCGGAGCUAUCGUGGCCUUCUAGCACGGGUCUGGUACGAUGAGUAUUAUACAACCCUGACAUGA